AUGGAAGAGGAUGACCUAGAACCUCUGAGAUCUCUACCAUAUCAACGUUAUGGGCAUACCGUAUGCGCAUACCGAGGUAGAGCGUAUCUUUGGGGUGGUCGAAAUGAUGAUUACGGUGCUAGUUCGACACUGCAUGAGUUUGAUCCUGGUAGGUGA